CUGCCUGGCUCGAGUAACAGGAGAGCUGACCAUGACUUUCCCUGCGGGCAUUGUGCGUGUGUUCAGUGGGACCCCACCCCCACCUGUCCUCAGCUUUCGGCUUGUACACAUGACCCCCAUUGAGCACUUCCAGCCAAAUGCGGAUCUGCUCUUCAGUGACCCUUCCCAGAGUGACCCUGAGACCAAAGAUUUCUGGCUCAACAUGGCAGCUCUGACUGAGGCCCUGCAGCGCCAGGCAGAGCAAAAUCCUGCUGCCUCCUACUACAAUGUGGUGCUGCUGCGAUAUCAGGUGGGCCACAUGCAUGGGACAAAGCUGAAGGGGACAGGGAGGGGGUAACAGGGUAGAGGACAAGGUGAGCGGGCAGCACAAAGGAGUGCCAAAUGAGGGGGUAGUACACAGGGUGGGCGGGGAAUGAAUCCUGUUGUGUAGACAGUGUGAGAGGGCAUUGCAUCUCCGAGAGCAGAU